AUGCAGGAUAAAGAAGGAAUUCCUCCUGAUCAGCAAAGACUGAUCUGUGCUAACAAGCAACCGGAAGAUGGAUGUACUUUGUCUGACUACGACAUUCAAAACGAGUCCACUCUUCAUCUUGUCUUGAGACUUCAUGGUGGUGCUAGAAAAAGGAAGAAGUCUUACACCACUCCCAAAAAUGAGCAUAAGAGAAAGAAGGCCAACCUGGCUGUCCUGAAAUACCACAGGGUGAAUGAGAAUGGCAAAAUCAGUAGUCUUGUCUCGGAUUGUCCUGCAGGGGAACAUGGUGCUUGGAUUUUAUGGCCAGACAGUUUGACAGACAAUGUUGUGGCAAAUGUUGUAUGA